AUGGGCGCUGAAAGCCAGUUUUUAGUAACGGCAGAUGAGCUUCAACAUUCAUCAAUUGUUUUGGACCAGUUGUCAGGGACAACGACGACCACAAAAUGGGGACCAAUUUCUGCCAACCUUAUUGACGAUGAGAGCUUCAAUCAACAGGAGCAGCAACAACAACAACAGAGUUUACAUAAAUCUUUGUACGUUUCUCUAAGUGCACACUCUAAACAUUCUGAAACGCCUUCAAUGUCGACAACUUCAGUGCCUAAAUCUCAGCAGCAACAACCACCAGCAUUACCAAACAACACCUCCGACUCUGCAGCUUCUGACAUCAGCAGUUCCAUUUUCACCUGGGACGUCCUCCUCACGCUUAUUCUCCCCUACAGCCUCAUUUUUGUGCUAGCCGUAGUGGGCAAUCUGCUGGUGAUCAUCACGCUCACCUUGAACCGUUCAAUGCGUUCAGUGACUAACAUCUUCCUGCUCAAUUUGGCCAUUAGCGACCUUCUGCUGGGCGUCUUUUGCAUGCCCGCCACCCUGGUCGGCGUUCUCUUGCGACGCUUCAUCUUUGGCCGUUUCAUGUGCCAUCUGAUCUCGUACAUGCAAACCGUCUCGGUGGCCGUUUCCGUGUGGACGCUGGUGGCGAUGUCCGUUGAGCGGUACUACGCCAUUUGUCAGCCACUUCGCAGCCGGGAACACCGCCAGACUCGCCGUCAUGCCUAUCGCAUUCUAGGCCUCGUCUGGACGUUGGCCAUCUUUCUCAUGUUGCCCACUGCCAUUGUCAGCGAGCUGCAGAUGAUCAAACAGACUGGAAACUUCAAGUGUCGCGAAGCGUGGCCUAGUUUUUUGUACCGAGAAGCGUUCACUAUAUUUCUCUUGUUGAUUCUCCUCGUGCUGCCGCUGCUGGUGAUGAUUCUCACCUACAGUGCCAUUGCUGUCACGCUGCAACAAAGUCUACACCAGAACACCUCUGCCUACAGUGGCUUCUCGAGCAGUGCCAGCACAAAGAUGUCAAAAC